AUGACGAUUGAGAGAGAACGCCAGCUUGAAACAUUCCAAUUUCGUAUCCAAGAAGAGACAAACUUAAUGGAUGAUGAAAUUGUCCGCUUAAAUAAUCACUUACAAUUCAUUGAAGCAGAAAUAAUUGACGCACAAGAUAAGUAUAACAACUUAUCAGUUAAAUAUGAUCAAAGAGACCAAUUUCAAAAGGGAAAGGAAGCACGAACAAUUGUUAGUCGUAAUGCUCUGCUAAAUGAAAUUAAAUCAGACUAUUACGGUCAAAUGGCUAAGCUUGGUGAAGAACAAACGAAACAAAUUCAAACUAUACAUAACGAAUUUGAAGAGUUCUUUUCUCAAGUCGAACCAUGGAUGAAUACAAAGAUAGAAAAAGAAAUAACACCAAUUGAGCAAAAAAUAUCAGCAAUAAAAGAAAAAAUAGAGCGAGUUAAGAAUACUGUUGUUCAAUCACAAGAUGUUGAUAUCAAAUCGGCUUAUGCGGAGCUUACUGCAAGUCAAGAAUUUGAUGAUGAACAACUAAGACGUUUGGAAGCAACACUCAAGGAAAAAACGAAAGAAAGGCUUGAAAACCUUUCGAGAUGUCAAGAGCAACUUCAAGAUUGCAUCAAUGUUCUUGAAGAAAAAGAGAAUGCAUAUCAAUUAAAGGUUAAGGAGCUCACAUCUAAGUUAGAUUUAAUGGAGACUCAUCAUAAGGAUAAAAUCAAGAAAGAAACAGAUAAACAAGAAAGAGAAUUGACGCAAAUGCGCCAAAAGCUUCAAGAAACGCUUAAAAGAGCCGCAGAUGUAAAGAAGGCAUCUGAUGCCAGUAGCAAUAAUAUGAAAACUCAGCUUAAUGCGAUUUUAAUUGACAAUCAAAGUUUGUUAUCAUCAGUUCCAAAGUCAAUUGCAGUAGAAACUCAAGCACAAACAAAUACAGAAUUGCAAGACGAAACUCGCAAGUUAGAACAGCUUUUCCAGAAGAGAGAGCAAGAUGAAAAUCGACUUGCUGAAGCACGUACUAGGAAUGAAAGCUUGAAGCGAGAACUAGCUCGUCUUAGACAUGAACUUCGUGUUCGUAGACAUAGAGAAGCUUAUAAUUAA